AUGGUCGAAGGUGGGGACGAAUACGGUUGUGUGCAAUACAACUUAAUCAAACCUUUUCAGCUUUCUCGUGAACUGUUGAAACUGCUCGUGGCAUUCAAUCUAUAUGGCAAUAAUGAUGAAAUCAAAAAAGCUGAGGGUCAGAUCAAAGAAGCUGACAAGGAACUUGGAGUGAACUACCUGAAGAGCUUGGAUGGCAAGCGUCCUAUCGGCCGUUUCCCUCAAGUAGUGGUACCCUCCGUGCGACCAGGUCUUGAAAUCACCGGCCCGAGGGCUCCUCUGCCUCAAUCGCCUGCGUCUUCAUCGGAAAGCUCCGUCGACCCAUUGGAUAAAGCAAUCAACGCUUACUUCGAGAAAAGUGGCGACCCGCUCGGAAAAGAGCGCGAGGAAGGGUCAUCACCUGAGGAAUAUGAGGAUCUUGUCCAGGAAAGAAUUCCCUCACCGGUGAUCAUCGAGCCACUGCGCCAUUAG